AGUGUGUAGAGAAAUCCCAUGGGCCCUCGAUUCUCAUUCAACAUGUAGCUUUCAGCAAACGUGUUUGUGGAAUUGCUUCUGAGAAAAAAUUGACAGAGCAGCAAACUCCUUUCUUCUCUGUGUGGGAAGAAAAAUGGAAGCUGACCAUCUUCAUCUUCCACUUCCAAUUCCACAAGACUUAAAUGACUCCCAACUCAUCCAGACCUCCAAUCCCCACCAAACCCACUUCAAACACUCCUCUAUGGUUCUGAUCCGUGACUCUCUCAACCACAACGACUGCUCUGUUUUCCCUCCCAUCAACCACGAAAAUCUACACCCAAUUCCCCUCCAAGAACAACGCCCUUUAUCGCCUUCUUUAUCGUCUUCCUCGUCUUCUCCGUUAGCAUCUUCGUCGUCGUCAUCGUUCUCGCCCUCCGAUGCUGAAUAUUCAGACCCGGAAUCUCCGCUGCCAUUGGAAACCAGGGUACAAAAACCUGGUUCCAAGGCGAACACUUGGGUGGGUUUUGGUUUUGAGGUGUUGCGGUCGAAGCUUCUUGCAUUUGCCUCGUCUUUCAUCGGAUAUAGAUGGGGAAUUCAGUCUUUUGGCUCUACUUUCGUAGGUAUCAUAGGUAUGGCGAUGAUGAUGUGGUCUUUGUACAUGCGGUCUCGUCAGCGGCGGAGUCGGGAAAAGUUAAUGCAGCUUGUUAAACAGAAGGACCAGAAAAUUUUUCAACUACUGCAUCAAAUUGCUGAGUUGAAUGAAGUACUGGUAGCCCACCACAGACUUCCGGCUAAUAGAUAGUUAGGACAUGAAAACUUUGUUGAACUGGUAGUUUUUAUAGUUAGGUCAAUCUUGCAACUAGAGUUGCAAACAUUGGGUAAUUAAACCUAGAUGUACAGACAGAUGUGUUUUUGUUUACUAUUUGAUGCUUUAUCCCUAUAAUUCAUUGUCACUCGGGUUUGCUAAAGUCUCUGCAAACACUUUGAAAUAAGGAUGUGGCUAAACACGGAAGCAACACCCAAGAUUUGGAAGAUAAAUAGUAUAGCAUAGAUGAGGAGUUGCA